ACAAAUUGGUCAGAGGACAUAAGUUCCAAGGACGAUUCGGCAGGUGGACAAUUUGACCAGGCGACAAUUUAUCUAGAAGUACAUUGGACAUAUUAUGGCCAGGGAACGAAUUGGCCGGCAAAUUAA